GGGCCGUGUGGUUCAAGAGCGUUCCGCACCGCGCCGUCUUGGGCUCCGAUCCUCCGCGUUAGGCAGUCGCCCCGAGCGCUGUAGCCGCCGGCGGAGAUAGGAUCCAAACUAUACAGAGACCGACCGCUGUGUACGAAAAAGACCGGCCGCGUGCAGCUGUGUGCGCGCGCGAUCGUCGCAAUCAUGUGUUGUCUGGUGCUGCGCGGGGGCAGUGUACAGUGAUGUGAGGGAAAACAGAGAGAAAUCGUGUGCUGCUUCCGACUGUGAACGUUUGGAUUGUGAAAGAGGAACAGUGGUGUUGACACAGGGCACAAUGGCGUGAAAAGAGCGCUGGCAAGGGGAACGCUAACUUCUUGGCGGCCUGGCAGUGGGAAACUUCUGAAGGACCAAACUGACAGAUUCGUUGCAUUGGCGCCAACAUGAAAUGGAACAUGAAAACGUCAGCAAGUCUAACUGCCUGAAGGGAAACCGCAACUUGUCUGCCUCCAGGCUGCCAAAACGACCUCGGACGGAGACAUUGACUCAGCAUCCAAGGCUCAGCCCCUGCAUGGAUACGCAGCGCGUGCAUUAUGCCAGCCGCUGAUGAACUGCACGGUUUUCUCUCUGUCCACCGGCCUAGUCAAAACCGCGAUCUCAAGAAAAUCGUAAGAAAAACGGCACAGUUGGAACUCGUGCAAGAAUGUUGCUGGACACUUGGACCGGGUUUUGAAGACUGCGUCCACACCUCUUUGGCGGGUACAACUGGGCGUCCAGCAUGAAUGUGGCUGCCUGAAUACGACGAGAUCACUUUCUCUGGGGCUGCAUCGUCAAAGAAUGAAAAGUUGGAGAACAAACGAGAGACAUGGCAAGCGACUCCUGGCGACGGAUCCGGUGGCUUCUUCGAGCGUCGUACUAGAGACGGUGAACACGGUGACCUAUUGUGGCUGUUGUAAGGCGUCGCAUGCGUCUGUAUGGCGUCGCUGCGACAGCCAGUGAGCGGCGACGGCGGAGGCGGCGGUUAAGGCGAUGGGCGCUCGUAACCUCACCAACCUCACCUGGCUGUUCCCCUUCGAGACCGGGCCAGGCACUCCCACAGCGGCCAUCAACCAGAGUGUCAACACCUCCUGGGGCUGGGACGAAGAAGAGGAAGAUCCUUGGGGUGGAUCCCAGUACCCUAGCCGUUACUCGCAGGUGCGCUUCGUGGUGACCGCGUUCGUCGUAACGUGUAUUAUGAUCCUGAUCGUGGUUGGCAACAUGCUGGUGUGCAUAGCCAUUGCCACGGAGAAAACGCUGAAGACUAUUCAGAAUUGGUUCAUCGCCUCCCUGGCAGUGUCGGACUUCCUCAUCGGACUGCUCAUUAUGCCCUUUUCGCUGGCCAAGGAGUUGAUGGGCUACUGGAUAUUCGGCUCGCUGUGGUGCGACGUGCACGCGGCGCUUGACGUGCUUAUCUGCACGGCAUCCAUCAACAACCUGUGCCUCAUCAGCCUCGACCGGUAUUGGUCGGUCACGCACGCCGUCGAGUACCUCAAGAAGCGUACCGCCUCGCGUGCCCUUGCCAUGAUCUGUUUCGUCUGGCUUCUAUCAGCUCUCAUAUCGCUCCCUCCCCUUGUUGGUUGGAAAAAACCUCCACAGGAGUCCGAGUACCCACAGUGCUCGGUAAGCGACGACGUGGGCUACGUCCUGUAUUCUGCCCUAGGCUCCUUCUACAUCCCGGCCGUCGUCAUGGUCUUCGUCUACAUCCGCAUCUUCCUGGCGGCCCGGUCUCGCGCGCGACGGCAUGUCAAGAAGGCCGCCCGUCACGCGGCCGAGCUGACCAACACGCGUGACAAGUCCACCACGACGACCACAUGUACCAGCUUCAGCAACCCGAGCCCCCCGGAUUCCUCCACCUCGCACAAGAUGAACGGGGGCGGAACGGGGGCGACGAGGCGGAAACUCGGACCGCCUCCACAGAUCAUCGUGGAAACGCCCGAAGACCCAGACUCGUCGCCACCACCGCUGUCACCGUCGCUCUCGCGCAAAGAGGAGGACGGACUCGAGCCCGACGCCCUGGCGCCGCCUGGGCUUGAGCCGAUGCCAACGCGGGGUUCGGGCCUGCUACGGGCACCAGGGGUGACCCGGUCUCCUUACGGGUCCACAUUGUCUUUGGCGGAGCGCGACGAGGACAGCGAGAUUUGCGAGUCUUCCAACGUGGAUAACAAUGGAGCAAGGGCACGGGCAGGGACAAGCCAGCAAGCGGUUGUCCCGCGGUCUCACGCACCGUCCGAUGCUGAGCGGCAUAAACGCAAGUUGGCCAAGGCUCGUGAGAGGAGGGCGACAAUGAUUCUCGGACUCAUCAUGGCGGCGUUCAUUCUGGCUUGGCUGCCUUUCUUCCUUCUUUACGUUCUGGGCGCCCUGUGCAAGAGUUGCGAGAUCAGCGACACUGUGUUUGCGGUCGCCUUCUGGUUGGGGUACUGUAACUCUGCUGUGAACCCAAUCAUCUACACCAUCUUCAACCGAGACUUUCGGAAGGCCUUCAGGAAGAUCCUCUUCAAGUGAUCCGCCACUGCCGCCAGAGGACGCAGCGUCUUCCAACGUCGACGCCCAAGUGCCUCACGGCUUGCUUCGGAGCGACCACGCGACGACCUCUCUCUGUAGGAAGCGCCUUCACAGCUAUCCAUCCAUUCAUAAGAGCAAUGCUUCAACGUGACAUUCCUAACAUAAGCAUGAUGCUGUAAGAAGGAAAGCUCCAUCGAACGGAUUCUUGUGUAGUGAACGUUACACAACCCGUUUUCCUCCUCUGCAAACGCAUGGAAAUGGGCCUAAAAAGAAAAAUCUGGAGAUGGUCCACAAGAAUCAUCAGAACAAUGGGCUCCUUUCCCAGAUGACGAUGUUCUCUAUCCUAAUAAGCAACCCCACUCGUUUUUCUGGCAUUUCGUUUCAAAUGGUCCUUAGGCAGCACUGGUCAUGGCACCAACAUGUCAGGAACGAACCAUCUUUAAAAACUGUUGAACAGUAUUUUUUUUUCUUUUCGCUACAUUAGUUGCUGUCCUGCGUCAGGAACUUCUAUCGGGAAGCAUAUGUAGAAGGGCAAGAAGCUGGAUAAACAAUUGGAUAAAACAAAACUAUGUUUUGUGGUUUGAAACCACAUGGCAAUUAGUUGCUGUAUCGCUGUAUCUUUUGUAGCGGCAGCGACGUGAAGACGCUUCAUCUAAAGAGAUUGGUCGUCCCUGAAAUCUUGGUGAGCUCUGCAUAAAAAUCCCACCCGUUUCCUCGCGGCCACGUGCGUCAUCAUCGGAAGAGGUGUCUGACUCACCUUUCGAACUCCUUGUUACGGUCAUCCAGCCUUCUUGGACGCCAGAUACUGUUAUCGGAAGUGAACUGCUGUACAUAAGAAGAAAGUUGUUUCCUGGUGCCGAAUGGACGCACUGUUUAUAUAUAACAAAAAAAAACAUAUAUAAUAUAUAUAUAAUGUACUCGCGAAAUGCUAAUUUUUCUUGCACAUUCACAACCAACCCAUGGCACAUAACAUUUCUGCUCUCCGUUCGGUGUCUCCCGUUUUUCGACAAACCACCGUUUCUACUGGCCUACACACCAGGAUGUGCGAAGUCAAAGACACACACAACUACAUUCUUGCUUCAUGCAGAUGGACGUUUCGACGGAACGUGUCUAUCUUUUGUUUUCACAGCCACGUUAGGGUUAGCAUUGUAUACAAGAAAAGCGUACAAACCGUUUCUGCAGAACGUCGGUGCGGCUGCGACGUCGCGGAACGCUCAAUGAGGGAACGCCCGCGCGGAAGUCGCGCGUGUGUGCUGGAAAGGAUGGCCUGCCGAGUUGUGAUACGAACGCCGGGGAAUCGAACCGAGGACUGAGCUAUGGAUCCUGGACAUCGGUUGUGACACGGUAUGGAGAACUUGCAGGCAACUGAUUAUGACAGCAUGAAAGGAAGUCAGGCAGCACAAGCGGCGGAAGCCACGGGGGCGUAGUGGAGCUUGGAGCACGGCUUCUUGUUACAAAUAGGAAUUUUCCUGAAACACCAGUUAUUUGUCAUAUUGGUUAAAAUUUUAUCAAAGAUUCUAUCUAUCAUUUGCAAAAUUCAUCGUGGUGUGAACAAUUUUAAUAAAGCAACAGUCACGUUUUGUCGAGGCUCCCCCGAUGGCCGUGCCCACCACGCUCCGGACACGGUGUGUGUGUAGCUUUCUCCCUCUCUAUCUCUUUCUUUCUUUUUUGCGCAGUCUUUCCUCCAGUAUAAUCAUGAUUACAAUUUGUACGUAAUCUGCGCCUUUAAGUUCGGUUCGAUCCCCCGGUAGGAGAGGAUUGAUUACCGUGAUCACCGCUCCCCAUGGGGCUCCUGUAAAGAGGGGCACGGAGGUCCCGGUUUCGGAUCCGUCACUCUCGCGUCAGGAAUGGGCAAUUGGUCCCGCUGAAUUUGAGCUAUGGAGCAAUAUGCAUUUCGGAGGGACUGAUUGGCUCCUCGCCAAUCACCCCUUUUUAUAUUUCACGGUGCCUAAAUAACAUAUUCCUUCCUCUCCCGCUCACGAGAUUUUCUGUGCCAUCAUGGUCUUGCCAAUCGGUUCCUGUUUGCGGUUUAUUCCGAGAUUGCAGAAAUGCUUGAUGCUGCUGCGCUACCCGAUGUCAAACUGCGCUGCAAACUGACGAAACUGCUCGCACUAAAUUUCCCCGGUACUCCUAAAUUUCCAAGUCCAAAAUGAUACCGGUCAUUCUUGUGUACGACUCGUCAUGAAAUGUUCCAGAUAGUGCCGAACAGAGAAAAGCGAUAGGGAACAUAUGUACGGAGGUACUUUAUUUAUUCAGCGCUGUCUCUCUUUAUCAGAUGAAAGCUCCGGUUCCUUCGAAGGUUUCUGGUUUUCUAACUCAUAAUGCAUUAGAAGAAGCCAGAAGGGAUCAGCUGGCAGGCAAGCUCAACCACUGAACCACGGAAGGAACGCUGAAUUCGGAACAGAUGAAUCAUUUUGGACUUCGAAAUAUUUGCGCAUUAGCCAUUGCUUGUAAACACUUCGAGAUUAAUCUACCUUUGCACAAACCUUCAAACUACCAUAUCACUUGGAGUCCAUCUGAGGUAAUGUUUGCCCUCAGGCUACUGUUAUUAGAUGUGCGCUCUGCAGCUUGAAGAACAAAGAUGCACUCGAAACCCUUAACCUCUAAAUGAUUUCCGGUCCUAACCUCGGAUACAUGUAGCCCGUAAUUUGAGAGUUAAUCCUGGAAGCAACUCAAUCUGAUAAUUUGCGAUUUUAGGUUGAAAUUGUCCCAACGUUCGAAGACGUGUUUCACAGACUACAACCCGUUUCCACGACGAAAUUUCAAAAUCCUUAUCACGCCCCCUUUUGAAACAGUACUACCGGAGUUCUGCCGGAAGAUAAUGGUCUUUACAGUUUACGUUUUAGUGGCGCCCUAAAGAGAUGAAAGCCAAAUAGUAGACAAAGAUAGCCAAAGCACACAUCUGUGGGGCCACUUAGCUGAAGCAAAAUCUUCGGAACGUGGUCGGACUUAUCGACGACUAGAUAAAAAUUGAAAGAUCCAGUGGUUCGGCUCUCCCUAUAGUAUAUCUUAUCAGUGCAUAAAUUAUGAUUCAAUGUCUCGCAUAGGUAUCCGAUCCUGCUGUGCAUCGGUUGCGUCUUCCUAAUUUUCCGUGCAUAUUUUGAAAGUUAUCGCAGCUCUAUAGCUGUACGUUGUAUUAUAUUGCUCAAGCAGUUUGCCUUUCGCGAUGCUUCCUGCAGAACUACGGUUGCCAUUAUGCUGGCCCCCUCACACACACACACACACACACACACACACACACACAUUGGGGUUUUGCGCCCCUACACAAGUUUACAAUGGUGCUGUCUAUAGAACAAUAAAUCCAGUGAGGCAAACAGGUCUGAAGCCGCACCGGCGUUCUCCAUAGUUGUAUAACAUACUUGGCACACUUCGCAAGACGAAUCUGUUGACGUGUGAUUCUUUGUGUAUUAUAUGCAUCGAACAGUCGUGUCUUGCAUGUUUGUAUACCUUUGCACGUGUCUUCGCUAGCAACUGUGUAUAUUUAUACUCUUGACGUUUCUGUUCCCCAGUACCUGCCAUACAUAAUGAUGUGACCGGAUUAUACAUACAUAUAUAUCUCUAUUUUUUCGACGUAGCCUGUUUCAGAGCGUCAUGUGAUCAGGGUGUUUUCCUUUUACUCUUUUCACCAGUGCAGAUUCUUGCUUUCCUUUUCGACUGGACGGCUAACAUCGGUUGGUUCAUUGGAUUACAGAAAUAAAAAAUAUGAAGAGGUUGGUUCCGAGGAUUGUUAGGAAUUCCCCGAAAUGCUUGUGGCUGCAACAUAAAAAUUGAAAAAAGUAGCGGCACAUUUCGAGUAAACGGGAUUGAUUGCAAAAAUUGCAGUACUACUUCUUGCUUACGAAUAGUACACAUAAUUGACUGGACUCGCUGUCAAAGUUUCCCUUCAAAUAACCCUGCUUUGCUCUCUCAUUUGCGUGUGUGUGUGUACUUUAAUUAUUGAUCUUUCGUAUCGCUUUUGAAGCUCCGCUUUCCGAAAGACUGGCCCGCCAGAGUAUUUACUGUUUUCAGCUAAUGGUCUUACACUUCCUCACUUAAGUUCUAAGAUAUAAAUAUUAAUUAAUAUUUCUCUUUUCUUCUUACUUUUUUUAUCGUUGAGCUAUAUGCACAGGGAGCCAAAUGCAAUUACCAAGUACCUUGAUGUUACGCCAUUACAAGCAGUCUUUGUAUACAUUUCGAAGUGACUUCAACUUGCACUUUAGCAGUUUCGUUUAAUGCGUCAUUAUCUUAACUACAUUGUGUGUUUAGCCUUAUAAAGCAGAGAUGAUACGCUAGUGCCGCUCAGCUCUCUCUCUCUCUCACACACACAUUUGGGCUAGAUAGCUUCUUAGUUCGGAUUCGGUCUCACUACGACUCCAAAGACAAGGCCGUAGCCGUCCAGUCGGAAAGGAAUAAUCUAGCCAACGACUAUAGAAACUAGUUCUCGUACUGACUUGUGCAAGAAGGUGUUUCCACAGAUUAAUGAAAGGAAUAAUGUGACUUACUCCCUCAUCCGUGUAAGUAUUCCAAGGCGGCAACUGACGUUGCUGUCUAGAGCGCCACCUGGGUGUCCAUCGGUUAUGCACGAAGGAUGUAAUUCACAUUGUUUCUUUGCAAAAAGUGACGAAAUUUCAAUUUUUCCACGCCCACGAGAGAGUCCUCUGGUUCACUGAGAACACAGCCAUUAUAUGCAACUGCCACGUAGCUUGAGAUUAUAAUCUGCACAGCAACAAGCAGUAUUAACCGUGCUGUGUUCGCAGUGGACGAGACACCAUUCCGACGCUGGGUUUCAGAUGUCUGGAGAGUUAUUUUUGCUUCUCGCUGAAAGUUGUCCGUAGGCUCCGUUGAAUAUUGUAUACAUCCCAAAUUUAUAGCAAGGGCUUUCUUUGUGGCACAUUUCCCUGGCUACAAUUUCUUGGUGCGUGAUAGAUUGCGCUCGUUUCUUUCUUGAGAUGGGUACGAGUGCACUGAACCCCAAUGUCCUUGAAUAGAUACAAAAUGCGCCCUCUCAUUCAUUCAAUUGCAGUGUUCGAAACAACACGAGAUAUUGAAAAGGACAACAAUGCAAAUUUUUUUUCUGUCUCAACGCCGAUGAACAACAGUGUCACAAAAUAACUUGAAUUUGAAAAAUAAAUGAGUGGCCGGCUUUACAACGCGUUAAAAAUAUUUUUUAAUGGCGGAAAGAAGGCACAGAUCGGGAGACGCCGAUAUGUCGAACACUGUUCGUUAUACUGGGGCCCGGUACGGCGAAGUCUACUGUUCGAGAUAUCGGAUAUUGUCCUUCCAUUUACCUUCUCCGGACCCUUGGAUUUUCUGUUCGUCGACGAGGAAGUGUUAUGUAUUUCGUUAUAGGAAUGUAUUUAGGCGUGUGUGCAGUUGGUAUUUUAAAAUACGGCAGGGUUUUGUUGAAAGUUUCCAAAGUGUCACUUUUUCAAAGAAUGGACGAACGGAAUUGAAUAUGUCAAACGGCUACGUUUACUGCAUUAGCACCAAAGGCGUAAUUAUAUAUGUUACAGUCACUGGACAUGUUACAUGGACAGGUGCACUACUAUCCUCCUCUCUGAAGAGACGAAACGUGCAAGGUUCUGAAAGGGUUGCUCUUGUUUCUCGUGUAAUAUUUGUGACAUUUCUUGUUUCUCGUGUGUGUGUGUGCGUGUGAGUGCCUGCGAACUCUUUCUUCCGUUACAUUGUUGUUGUUGUUGUUGUUAUUCGGAGAUUAGGUAAAGGGUGACAGAAGUCAAUUCUCUAGCUAUGAGAGGUCCUCAACCAAAAGAAAAUUUUUUUCACACCUCUUUUCCUCAAAGCUACAGAACUGAACAAUGGUGCUCGUGGACAGCGCAGUUUCAUAUUUAUAUAGCAUAAAUAUCUACAUGUAUAACGCCAACAAACCGGUGCAGAUUACAAACAGCGGACUAUUUUUCGUGAAUAAGAAACAAAAAAUCCGUCAUCACGACGCCUAUUCAAGACCGUCUCGGCUAGAUAAACAGGUUCUCAUGUGCAUUACAGAACGACUUUUUUAUCUUGCAAAUAUUUCAUGUGCCCUAAACGAUAAGAAGCCAGCGUCAUAGCGGGAACAUUUACCAACAAGUUGACCGACGCGGAGGGGAUAAAAUUCGAGGUCAUGCUGUUUAAGUAAAGAGAUAUAUUGGUCAACGUUGUGAAAAGGUACGCCUGGAGACGUAUACACGUUUUGCAAUGUUGCAGCAUUUUCGACAAUGUAGACAAAAGGCAAUAUCGCCUUCGCAAGCUGUUGUUCUUGCUGUUAUGUUGCGUCCGUCACAGAACACGCGGUAUUGUUUGCAAAAGGAUCUAUGGUUUGUCAGGUACCGUUUGUCUGGUCGUCAAAAAGAAGGGGGGGGGGCGGAAGGCAAAAAUGGGGUACAACCGACGUGCUAACUCGUGUCGUCGUUGCGUCGGGAAGAGAUACGUGUCUUUAUCCCGAGCCAUGUGCGUCACUGCUGUUGGAAUUUUUCGGGUGAAUUCACACUUGAGACGCCGCUGAUAGAUCCACAGAUUCGACCAGCCCUCAACAGAAAGGCAAGCGUAUUCUGGCAUUUAAAACGCCGCAACCAUUUCAAGCUGAGGUGAAAAUUAAAAACUAAAGAUUUAUAUUGUUUGCAUUAUGUUAGUUGCAACCAAGCACUACUCGCUAUUGCAAGCAUAUGACGCAAGCGGUCACUGUUAACGUAAUCCAAUAUCUCACUGAUUUAUCAGAACAAAGCCACCUGCUGCUGUCGCUCUGCUACUUGCAUGCUACACUAGGCACGUGUUUCCACAACAAGCAAACGUUGAUCUAUGCAAGCUUUUUCAAAAUUGGAGCACCGGUAACUGACGCACUUAACGAACAGUUACACUAUAGUUACACCAUACCGAUCAUUGUUGCAGAAAGGAAAGAAGAAAAAAACGUUAGAGUUGGACGGACUAAAAUGUUAUCCCGAGGCAUUCGGAAGGGUUUUUAUCUAAGUGUGAAGGCACGUUCCCACUACCACGCGGACGUAACGGCAGAAAUGUCACCGGAGGCCCCUUUUUGCGGCGCCGUCGAAGCAGUAGGGGUGCGAGGGAAGUCUCGUUCUCAUCGAGAUAGUGCGUGAGUACGGUGAAUCUGAUGUGGAAGCUUCCUGGAAAAUCCGCUCCCCGUCGUCCGGUAGUGGGAGCGCGCCUUUACUGAUGUUGAGUUGCUCUGUUUGCUGCUGUUUGGACAGGACAUAUUAAUUAAUAGGAAUUAAUUAAUAAGACGGACAAAACCAUAAGCUACCCGCGGGUGUUCACCUAAGCACUAAAGCGCUUGGCUGACAAAUUGCUUUCGGUUAUUUCACAGUUGAAGGCAAAGAAACCUAUGCUGCUGAGCUUUGGCGGUUCGCAAUGCAGAUUAGACAGCCACUGUGGGCUUUGAUUCGCAGUACGAAAUAAAAUGAAUCGCUUUCUCUUAAAAACAUAUCUAGAAUGGCCAUUUAAGAUGAACGUUUCUCACAUGAUGUUUAAGAUGUACUCUCGUUUGUAACGGCAUUAGAACGAGUGGUGACUCUCUGUGUGAUGUGGAAAUUUGGGAUGCCUAGGUUGGACUCGUCAACCCUACCGUCUCUCUUUCCUAAGCUGCACAAUGGACAUAAUUCCUAAUUUUUGCUGCGUUUAGUGUCACUAUCCUUCGAAAAGGCCCUUUACCUGCAACCUUUUCCCCCAUCAACUAAUAACUGCCCGUUUCAAUGGGAAACUGCCAAAACAAAGUCGUGUUGGCGAAUGUAAAACUAGAAACCGCGCCACGAGGCUGCUACGCCAUCUCACUUCAGAGCAUUUAUUUUCGCGAGCAUUGCAAGUUUGUUUCCACUGCAUCGGAAAAAAUGUGCCCAGCAGGGUUGCCCAGUGCCAACAUAUUUCGUUUACUGGUAGUGAGUUUUCUCACUGCUAUUUUAACAGCCGAACACCGUUAUAGCAGCGUUUCGUUAGCUUGUUACUAAAAGCACACAACGACGCAGUAAACUGUAAAUCUUUGCGACGAAGUGCCAAGAAAUCCGAGGAAACGCGCUCUCAGAAUCAAUUUUCGGGGAAGACUCCCGCGUAGGCCUCUUCGUAAUCCUUCGGCAAAUCCGCACGAAAAUAUUACAGAAAACUCAGAGAACUCUUUAUAUUCUACGGUGAGAAAGCUAGUAAAGCGCCAACGACAGAAAGACAAUGAAAAAAACUUCAAAUGUAGAAACGUUUUAUUGGACCUGACUGCUAAAUCAACGAAAUUGCCUAGAGUUGAAUGCGCACGCAUAAGCAACAGGGACGCGAAACCUUUUCAUUCUUUUUUUUAUUAUUAUAGGGAAACAGGUGCUGAGAGCGUUAGCGCUCUGCCUUUUCAAGCGCUGGUAUAGCUGAAAGGUAUACUGCAACAGUACUGUACUGGAAGGCCAGUAACCACGUUCCCUGAAUGGCCGCUCUGCAACAGAUCGCUGACAGGCGCGACCUCCUUCGUUAUCUUUCUGUGUACUCUCAUCCUUUGAAAAGUGAACACGCGUUGGAUAUAAACUCUCACAAAAAAGUAAUCCCUUGAGCAUCUCGACCUGUUCAUGUGAUACACAAGCCCAAAUCUCUACUUCUUGUUCCGUGUCUGUUGAAGGGGGCCUCUUUGAUCUGAAUGGUUCCUUUCUGUUUCUCAGCACCGGUGACUCCCAUUGUUGAAGUUUCGUCGACAAUAAAUACGAGAUAUGUAUUUAUGGACGGAUGCCGAGGUACGUUUUUUUGUCAAAUCGUUUGGUGACAUGACUUCGCAGAUAAAAGAAAAUAUAUGAAAAAGUA